UCAAAUUCACGUCUUGACCUAGCUCGUUUAGCAAGUUCGCCCGGGUAAGCAACAAGCCGGUAGCAAUGGCCAUGGCCGUGCUCCUGCUCCUAGCCCUUGUUGCGCCCUUGGUUUCCCUGCUUCCAUCCUCCUCCGGCGCCCUGAACCAGGACUUCUGCAUCGCCGACCUGGCCCGCGGCGACACGCCGGCCGGGUAUCCGUGCAAGCCCCAGACGGGCGUCACCGCCGACGACUUCUACUACCGCGGCCUCAACAGCACGGGCCCGACCAUCAACCCCUUCAACAUCGGCCUGUCGUCGGCGUUCGUCACCCGGUUCCCCGGCGUGAACGGGCUGGGCAUCUCGGCGGCGCGCGUGGACUUCGCCCCGGGCGGCGUCGUGCCUCUGCACUCGCACCCGGGCGGCACCGAGCUCCUGUUCGUCAUCGAGGGCGCCAUGUCCGCCGGAUUCAUCAGCUCCCUGACCAACCAGGUGUUCGUCAAGACGCUGUACAAGGGCGACCUCAUGGUGUUCCCGCAGGGCCUGCUGCACUUCCAGUACAACCUGGCCGGCAACGACACGGCGGUGGCCCUGUCUUCCUACAGCAGCGCCAACCCCGGGCUGAUGAUCCUGGACUUCGCGCUCUUCGCCAACAACCUGCCGUCGGACGUCGUGAGCAAGGUCACCGUCGUGGACGAAUUGGAGGUCAGGAAGCUCAAGGCACUCUUCGGCGGGAGCGGCUAGCUAAGCCAUUUGUUUCAACUCUCAACAUUCAACUCUAGCUUGGGCGGCAAGGUUAGAUGAAGCUUGAAUUGGUCGUGGUUGUGGACUUGACGUGUGCAUGCAGAUGAGGUUGAAUUGGCCGUGGUUGUGGUGUCAGAAUAAUUUACGCGCGGAACGCGCUUGCACCUGUCAUUUUAACGCCAGGUUGUGAUGCACUGGUGCUAGUCAAUUGUAACACAAGUGGUGUUAGAAUAAAGAUAACGCUAAUAAAAACGGCCCUUGAAUUUAACGU